AUGUCCUUUCUGUCAUUGCCCAUGCAUCUCAACCGCCUUGAGUCGAUUCCUGGUCCAUUGCAUCACUUUAGCAGACCCUCGUAUGCUUGGCCAACCAACUCUCCAACCAGCCCCGAAGAAGGCCAAAGCAAACCAGCUUCGAGGUCAGCCCCUCUCCGAAGUGUGCACUGGGCGUCUGUGCGUUGCCCUCGACCCGCGAUGAGAGCAACCAGAAACAAGCCAGAAGCCAGCCAGCCAGCCUCAGCCCCACGGGCCACCACGGGCCACCAAUGA